AGAGAGAGAGAGAGAGUGUAUGAGAGUGUGUAACUCCAGCCCCUGAAAGUCGAGGAAGGCAGCUAAAAAAAGAGGGAUUUAUUCAUUCAUUCAUUCGCGUACAAACUGAAUCCACCGCUUGUAGUAUUUUUGUGCCUGUGAAGAGGUUCAGCCCGAAGCUGUUUGUUUCCCUACGUUUGCUAAAAGUUAUGCGUUACGUGACGGAAUCACUCAGACGUUCGUGGAUAAAAAGACCAGAAAAGGCUUUACUGUUUGAAUCGUCAAUCAAAAUCGUCAGGAAAGAGGCACAAGUCAAAUCCAGAAAGGGCAGUUAGGCUACACUAUCUCACCAGUGUUGAUCAUGAACACCUUCCUUCUCAUCCUGUUACUUGCUUGUUGUGCUGGCUCUCUGUCUGCACAGUCUAGGAUCUACUUGUCUGUUAAAGCCGCUUCCUCAGCUGUUCUUCCGUGUGAUUGGAGGAAUAAAACACAGUCACCUGGUGAAAGACCGCACAUUGAGUGGCGCACUAUGUCCGAAACGGUGUUUGAGCGACUGGGCGGGGAGCAGUAUGAGGGUGAGGGGUAUGAGCGUCGUGUGGACGUUCCUGAAGAUAAGCUGCUCAGUGGUGAUUGUUCCUUGAUGUUGAAGGAUGUCAGACUAACUGAUGCAGGUCCGUAUGAGAGCUACCUGCUGCAGAAACAAACAAAGAGGUCUCUCAACUCUAAACGGGUUUUCAUCCAGGGUGUGGAGCUCUCAGUGGAGGAUGCAUCUGAGGAAACUGCAGCAGCACAAUCAGUAGAGGAGUUUUCUCUUGUAAAGCUGUCUGCAUCAAGUGGUGCAGGAAUGAUCCAUUCUCUGUCAGCGAUCAUCAUGUUCAUAAUCCUUGCAAACAUAUUAUUCUGUAUCAUCUGAGGAUAAAGGUGUGGACCUCCUUGAGAAAUGGUUUCUGAAACUUCAGCAAGCCAGUGAGAUUUUGAAUAAAUAUUCCCUUAAUCUGUAAUCAAAUACAUUAGAUGUUGUAAUCAAUAACCAAAUAGAAAGUAUUGCCUAACAGAGAAUAUUAAUUCUCUCACAGAGGGUCGGCCUUAGUCUGUCUGCAUAGGAGAUUCUAGACACUGGAAAGCCCCUGGGUUCACAGACAGGCCUGUGUGUACCUACUGACCUAGUGAAGAGAGGGGCAAGUUGACCUUGAAAGGUAGAGCAGGCUGGUAAAAACCUGUUGAAGCCAGUAUUGAGGAGUGAGCUCAUCAUGCAAUGGCCAAAUUGAUGGACGAAGAGAUGCACCUAUUAGGGAAUGAGCUAAUAUCAAAAUUUGCGAAGUAAGGUGGGGGGAUAUCACAUUACCCCAGAUAAAUGGGAUAAACUGCUGUUUGGAACACUGUAUUUGCACAGUUGGGGUCUCUCGAGACCCUGAGCCACCUGAUGCUGAAAUUAAGAAGAAGCCUUUUUCUCCCUUCCACAAGAACUCAGCAGCUGAAGUCUUUUAUUCUACGUUCUUUUAUUUAUGAUUGAAUACCCUUGUUUUUUUUGUUUAUUUUAUUUUUGUUUAUUUUUGUAAGUGAUUAAGACAAUAAUUAGAACAAAACCACAGCUCAGAAUAGUUUAGAUUUUAAAAAUCAUCAUAUGUCGGAGCUUUGGGCAAGGAAGCAAAGAGCUCUUGGUCCUGACAUAAUUGGUGGCCCUGUAACGGGGACAGGUGACGAACCUGAAAGUGUGUUGUGUUAUCAGCACCAGAUCGAUAGUGGACCGCCACCCCGUGACCCUGUGAAAAAAGAGACUGCCCAGAAGCGCGCUAAGAGUAAAAGGUAAGCAGACACCUGUUUUAAAGCUCUGCUUUAAAUGUGGGAACAGGCUUUGUUCACUGGGUUAUGUGGUCACUGACGCUUAAUGAUGAAAUAGCUCUAAGAGUGAUUUACGACUGAGGUGCAGUGAGAAAGGUACUGAGCCGCAUGAGAAGGGAGGAAAAUGAAAAAAGAAAAAAAAUGAUAAAAAGGAGUUACAGUUACAGUUAGAAAAAAUCGGGUGGACAAAUAAAGUAGUUUUAUGUUGUGAAGAUGAUAAAGUGAUUGGAGUGAGCCGCCGGCUGACAAAAAACAGUGUAUGAAGAAAAAGCGCGCCAGAGAAAUAGAGAUUGAGAAAAAGGAAUAAAGAGAUAAAUGUUAAAUGCAAAAGUGUGGCCAUACAAAAAGUUUUAAAAAGGAAAAAAAAAUAGAAAAACUGAAGAUAUGAUGCAGUGGUACGUGAAACCUAGGAGACGGGCUCCUUCUCUACAUAAGUGUAGAUGUGUGUAUUACAACAUUGAGAAGAUAUGUUAGAGAGGACCAGAUAAGUUUAAUACCAGCCGCACUGCGUGAGUACGUGCCAGUGCUGUCAUUCAAAGCUAUAAAAAAAUUGCUGUUGGGAAAGAAAAGGAAACUGUAAACUACUAAAUGACUGAAAUACAGAACUUAAAAAUACAGAUGAAACUUAAAAGUAAGGUCAAAUAUAAGCAACUGACAGUAACAGCUGUAUCAGUGAUGAGUGUAAAUGUAAACAGUGAUAGAGAAUUUAAUAAAACGAAAAUGGAAGUUAAUUGAGAUAUGGAUAAGACCUGAUUUAAUUUACAUAAAUAAAGCGUAUAUGAAAAAGCUCUCGGUUCCUCGAUAGAGAGUAGAGUGACUGAAUUAAAAUAUUGUCCACAGUGAUUUUAUGGACUUGUAAUGGAGACACAAGGUGUUCAAACUCAAUUUUGGCUUGAAAAAACUUAAAAAGAUGCAGAAGGCAGAGAGAGUUGGAAAUCAUCAGUGUUGAUUGGUGAAAAAUGAUGGCAGCUGACCCAAAUGGCUUAAUUGGGAUGAAGUGCAGACUGUGUUCCUCACCAUAGUUUGAAAGGGAGAAUUAAACUGAUUUGGAACAAAAACAUCCAGCUCCAUUGUUAAAUACAAUAUUAAACAGUCAAACCCCCUUAGUGGCUGAAAAUAAGUUUGAGCAGUGCAGAGAGCUUGAGAUACACCUUACUGUCGAAAAAAGAGAGGUCCAAAGGAAGAAAAACAGGCAAGAGAAAAAAAAAAAAGGAAGAGAAAAGGCAGCUACUUUAGGGUGGUACGCUCCUCUACUCUAGAUUAAAUUACGAGAAACUGACCCCUUGCGUAAGAGUUCAUGGCCUAACUCAACGCCAGUGCAACAUGUAUUUAGAAGUUCAAGAGAUGAGCUGUUUAAAGGAGAUUACUUUAAAGUUUUCCCUUUGGA